AUGCCCAAGACCAGCGCCAAGGCCGCGCUCGUCGCGGAGCUCGAUGCGACGACGAGCCGGAUCGCCCGGCAGUCGUACCAGAAGGAACCGCCCAGUUGGGACGACUUGGAGAUGGGGCUGCGCCGAGCGGCUGCCAUGGAGGCCGAUGUGCGAUGGAUUCUGGCCAAGACGCAGUGGUGCCACCGCAGCGCCGUGCUUACAGGCGUCGCCGCCUUCGUAGCCGAGACGAUCGUCGCGCUCGCAACGACUGCGUCGACUCACGAGCUCUAUGCUGCGCUAUGUAGCUCGCUCCUUGACCAGCUCACACGCCCCUGCUUCGAGUCAUCUACCGAGCUCGCCCGCGCCUGCAAGUGGCGUAAGGUACCCCGGUACAUGGACAUGCAGUGCACAACGCGCUGGAAAGCGCUCUCGCCAGCGCUCACGAAGCUCGUAGUCGCGACGCCCGAUCGCUUUGCCGCAUGCCUCCGCGCGACAGACUUGCAGCCUCUCUUCAACGCCCAUGCGCAGUGCGCGGUCGUCGUCAUGAACGGGUUCUGCCAAGUGUACCACGGUCUUCUCGCGAACGCAUCGUGCCCGAGCAUGCUGUACGUGCUCGUGCGCGCCAUCCUCUCGAUCAACUGGACGUCGACAAAGGAGGCUCCGUACCGAGACGACCUUCUCUGCCGCCUCUUUCGCUUCCUCCAAGAACUGCCCUUCAAGGCCGCGCCUCAGAGCCUCUUCGCAGGCCUCCAAGAAGCCAUCGUCGAGAGCUUGGCCACGCCGCACGAAGGCGUCGUCCUCCUCACCAAGCUCACGUCGCUUCUCUCGGAAGACCUCAUGCUCCGAAUCCUUGGCGACUGCUACGACUUGACCAUGGCCACCGCGUCGUUACAACCCGAAGCAGGGAAUCCGUACCUGCGCUUCCUCAUGGGCUUUUGUGCCCAUACGACACUCGUGCCCACGCCGACGAUCGUCGCGCUUCUCGGCAACCUCUUCUCACCCGACUCGGCCUGUGCGACGCACAAGCGGCUCGCAGCUGCCUAUUACAUUGCGUUGCACCGAAAGCUCGACUUGCGCCGCGAAGUCGAGCUCCAGCGCCUUCUUCUCGACGCUGGUGACGUGCACCAAGAGAUUCCCGAUGAGCUCACGUCGGCGUUUUUCAUAACGUGCUUUCAUCGUAGCCAGCGCGACAUUGAUCUGUGGCUCGCGCAGCACGAGAUUGGCGGCGGCGACUCUGCGCCGUGGGCGUCCAUGAUACCAUUUGCGACGCUGCAGCUGCACCCGCGCGCGAUCCAGACCGCGCAGCUCGCCAACGAGAUCCCGUGCGUGCUUGCUGGCCCGGCGUUUGAAGCCGAGGUAGCGUAUAGUCGGGAGAAGCGGCGACGCACAGCGCGCGCUUCCGUCGAAGACUGCUUGGACCCGGACGUGCUGCUGCACAUCUUUGGCUUUCUUUCGCCCAAGCGCAUCGCUCGGCUUUCGCUCGUGUCGCGGGCGUUUCAUCACGCGUCGAGUGACCCGAACCUGUGGCGGCGCCUGUACCAGGACCCAACGAGCUUCGUCUCGCCCGUGCUGUGUCUGCACGAUGUUAGCUACGUCCACGACUACAAGGCGCUCUUUGCUGCGCGUUAUCGGCACGAACGCAGCUACAAGCGGCAGCUCCGGUACCAGCACCCCGAGAAGAAAAAAGACCUCCAGUGCUGCAACGUCUGCGACUGCCUCACGAUGACAACGACCGGCGUGCGCGCUCUCGCCCAUGCCAAGGACCACCAAAAGAAGCCGAUCGUCUGGCGGCCAUGUCCGACCUGCGGCGAGCAGUUCCCGUCAAAGAACAAGCUGCUCUUGCACAAGCGAGCCCUGCACGGCAAGACACAGCCGCCAAACCAGUCGUAA